UGCGCAACAAAAUGAAAACAGAAUCCUAUAUCAAUAGCGGCGUAGUUUAGUCUUUAGUAAUUGUAUAAAAUUAUUUAAUAAUUUGCUUUUAAACUGUAGACGAUUUCCGUCAAAAAUGGAAGCAAGCAAAACACCUUUCACAAAGGAAAUGCGUCUAGCCACAAGGGAUAUACACAACGUUAGCGAUACGCUGGUAAACACUAAAUUGGCUUUUGCUUUGUAUGACAAAACUGUGUGGGCCGAAGGUUUACUGAUAUUCUACGAAAUAUUUAAAUUCCUCGAGCAACACGUUGGCUAUGAAUUUUUACCAGAAGACUUCCAUCGAACCCAUCAAUUUGAGCAGGACCUUCAAUUCUACUUGGGUCACGAUUGGAACACCAAAUACCGCCCACGAAAGGAAGUGCUGAGCUACGUUGAUCACUUGAAAGAGCUAGAGCGUGAGAAUCCCAUCCUAUUAGUGGCCUAUGUCUAUCACCUCUACAUGGGUUUACUAUCUGGAGGCCAAAUUCUACAGAAACGGAAAAAUAUUUCCCAAAAAUUGAAUCCUUUUGCUUCACGGAACAGUUCCGCGGGUGCAGCAUUAACUACAUUUGAAGAACACAGUAUAUAUCAGUUGAAGAAAACUAUGAGAAAAAUUUUCGAUGAUCUUGGUGAACGGUUAGACGAUGAAACCCGGGCGCAACUGGUGGACGAGAGCAGAAAAGUUUUCGAGCUGAACAACGAGAUAAUCCGUACAGUCAGUGGGGUUAAUCGCGCUAAUCUUAAACUACUUGUAUACGUGUUAAUAUUCGUACUGGCCUAUUUUACUUUGAGGAUUUUGUUUUAACAGACUUACCUAUAUAUGUACUGACUUGUGAUUAUAUAGAUGAUAAAUUAGUUUUGCAUGGUAGGUAUUUUGGGCAAUAGACAAAAAAACAACGGUU